AUGAUUGAAGAAGACUAUGAGACUAGCAGAUAUACCGACCUAAUUGAAAAUUAUAACAGAGAUCCAUUGACAUACCUUAAACAAUACUAUACCAAAUAUUAUCACGUUUCAACUGAUAAAAUUGUGAAUACGACGAACAAGAAACGACCAUUGCACAAGGAAACAGUCAUCUGUGUGAUCAGUGUCAGUAAAGAAUUUGACUCCACCGCCAAGCGUACCGAAUAUAAAGUGAGAGCGUGCCUGGCAGGGUGGAUAGUUGAGUUCAAUAAACGACUUUUGGAAGAUGAGGGAUUAUUGUUUCGAAAGCCAUACACAGAAGGAUAUAUUGCCAUCAUCAAGCCAAAGCAUGAGAACACACAAAUAGCACUCGAAAACUGUUUGACUGAAGACGAAUAUAAAGCAUCGCGUGGAUUAGAUUGA